AUGGGAUCGGACGAAAAGGCCUACAGCUGCGUGGCCGAGAGCUCGCGAAUCUUUGACCUCCUCUUCUCCCUCGUCGACCCUCUCUCGCUGCCGCGCGAGGCCGAGGCGAGGAAGAGCCAUGUCGACUUCACCGCCAAACGGGAUCAGCCGUACUUCUUCAUCCCCUUCAAGGAGACGGAGACGACGGCCGCGCUAAAGGCCAUCGAGGGCAGCAUCGCCUCUCUGCUGGCCGAUCAGCGAGAGGGCGCCGGCAAGGUCGGCAGGAUUCGCGUCGACCAGGAGAAGACGACGGCCUUUCUCUUCCAGGCCUACCUCGCCCGCGUCGGUGGCCUCGGCAAGCUCGACGACAACGUCCGGUCGUUGCUCAAAGACACGGACCUUUUCCAGGCGCAAUCGAACCCGUACCGCCGCAUGUCGGCCAACCUCUACGCGACGGCCGACAAGGGCGAGUAUUAUCACAUCCACGGCUCGCUCGAGGCGUCGACGACGCUGCGCAUGAUUGGCCUCGACUCGCACCGGCCCGAGCUCGCGACGCACGACGACAUCGUCGCCGUCAUCGAGCCGGCCGUGCAGAGGUUCACCGUCGACGAGCUCGAGUCGAUGAACUCGCGGAACCGACAGGCCGGCGUCAAGGCCUUCAAGCACGAAGAGUUUCUACGGACGCCACACGGAUCCGUCAACUGGGCGCUGCCGCCGUGGUCCGUCGUUGGCCUCGAAGACGGCACCCCCAAGGUCCCUCUCGCCGACAGGGGCGACGACCGACUGCUCUCGGGCAUCAAGGUGCUCGAGCUCUGCCGCAUCAUUGCCGGCCCCGUCAUCGCUCGCAUCCUCGCCGAGUAUGGCGCCGACGUGCUCAAGGUGACGAGCCCGCACCUCAGCGACGUGCCCUUCUUCCAGGUCGACGGCAACAUGGGCAAGCACACGACGGACCUCGACCUGAAGACGGCCGAGGGCAGGGCGACGUUUGAGAAGCUCCUCGCCGAGGCCGACGUGGUCGUCGACGGCUACCGGCCCGGCGCGCUCGAGAAGCUCGGGUACGGCGCGACGGCGCUGUCGGCCCUCGCGGCGAGGCGAGGCAGGGGCAUCGUCUACGUCAGCGAAAACUGCUUCGGCUACGAGGGCGAGUGGGCGAGCCGGCCCGGCUGGCAGCAGAUUGCCGAUUGCGUGAGCGGCGUCGCGUGGGAGCAGGGCAAGUUCAUGGGACUCGACGAGCCCGUCGUGCCGCCGUUCCCCAUCUCGGACUACGGCACGGGCUGCAUCGGGGCCAUCACCGCCCUCGUCGGGCUGCACCACCGGGCGACCAAGGGCGGGUCGUGGCACGGCAAGGCGUCGCUGCUGCAGUACGACCUGCUCCUCUUCAAGGCCGGCCUCUUGCCCGCGGCGGUGCAGGACUCGCUGCGCAGCCAGGCGGGCGAGUCGUUCCUCGCGCUCCGUCACGCCCACAGCGUGGACCAGAUCUCGGGUCGCGCGCUCCGGCAGCUGCGGACGCUCCAUGCCGACUUUGUCGACCAGCCACGGUACUUGGACCACUGGUACGCCGAUGGAUACGAGGUCGACGUGUCGGCCGUGCUGCCCGUCGUCGAGAUUGAGGGGCUCGACAUCAGCUUCCAGAGGGCGAGCCGGCCCAACGGCACGGACGAGGCGUCCUGGGAUUCGUUCCGCCGCGAGGAGAAGGAUCAUCGACGAGGAUAA